AUGUCACCCUCCACGGAUAUAUCACGCGAAGAGCUUCACACCAGGACAUACAUCAUACUCGGGGUUGUGUACCUCUUCGUAGCUGGCGCGACUACUGUGAAUCGAAACAUCGAUUUCGAUUAUCGUAUGUCCAGCUUAGGCGCCUUCACUUAUGUCUUCGCUGAGGGAGCCUACCAUAUGCGUGAAACCGCGAGGAUCUAUCAGCUCCGUCCGGAGGGGCGCAGGUGGUCCCAUCCCGACUUUGUAUACCAUUCCAUAAAGGCGAUCUCUGGUUCCUACUUCUUCGGCGCCAUCUUCGGAUUCACAGAACUCAUGUCCGCUGUGCAAGUCGUGGGCGAGAUGUUCGCUAUAGUUGGUCGCUCGAUUUUUGUACCGCCUUCUUAG